AUUGCAGCAGAAGAAAUAUACAGCUUGCUACAAACGCUGCAAAGUUCAUUGAGCACAUAUUGUAUAUGGGAGUUGCUAUACCAGAAGUGAUACAGAAUUUAAAGUGAAAGCAGAAGGCAGUAAAAGUAGUUGUAGUCAAACAGUUUAAAAAAGAUAGUUGGCGCAAAAAUAUGAUUUCUUACUUUGUAUAAAUAUUUUAGGUUAUUUAUGACCAAAAAAUGAAGAUUUUGUUAAUUUUUGUGAUAGUUGCAACUGCUUUUGCGGAGCCAGUUCUGAAGAAGCAGAGAAUUAGUGGAAGUGGUGGAUUUGUUGCAGAAAAAGUUUACUUUGAAAGAAAUGAUGAAGUGUUGGACGCCCCAGAAGUUCGAGAUAUCUUUGAAAUUAACAAGGAGUUUGGCCAGCAAGGUCUUACAGAUGGCGACAUACGCCCAAGAUCUUUGACAAGAAACUCCAUCAUAGAUAAAACUUAUUUCUGGCCAUCUACAACCAUACCUGUGCAGUAUGGAAACCGACUAGGUUUACUGGCUAUCUCUGGUAUAGAAGACGCAAGGCAGGAAUAUGAGAUGAGGACUUGCUUUUCAUUCCCGGACAAAACAAACGAAAGGGAUUAUUUGCUUUAUGAACCUUUGGAUGGGUGUUGGUCUUAUGUUGGCGUGCAAGGAGGAAGGCAAACUGUCUCCAUUGGAUCUGGUUGUGAACAGAUGUCAACCAUACAGCAUGAGAUGAUGCACGCCAUUGGUAUUUACCAUGAACAGUCAAGGACAGAUAGAGAUGGUUACAUCUACAUUGAUACAGAUAACAUUGACCCAGACAUGGUAUACAACUUUGACAAGUACAGUUACGAGGUAGUUGACAAUCGUCGCGUGGCGUAUGAUUACAACUCCAUUAUGCAUUAUGGAGAUACUUCAUUCAGUAACAAUGGAGGUAAAACAAUCAUCACACGAGACCCUGCGUUCCAAGAUGUGAUUGGACAACGUAGAACCUUCAGUGAAGGAGAUGUAACAAUGAUCAAUAGAAUGUACCCCUGCUCUGACCCACUGCGUGUGUCAUACACUUGUAACUUUGAAGAAGAAGCAAUAUGUGGAUACGUACAAGACACAACCGAUCAACUUGAUUGGUUCAAAUUCAAUGUGGGCGUGUCUGAUCCAAAAAACUUCAACUCUUUUGUGCCUCUGGUGGACAACACUCACGGGAAAGCAGACACUGGCAGUUACAUGGUAUUUGACACAAGCAACAAAGUUGGAAGUGAAAUUGGAAACCUUGUUUCAAUGAGAUUGAAAAGCAAUUCAACCAAACAAUGCCUUGAGUUUGGUUAUUACAUGGACUUGGUAGCUGGGAGUCCGGCUGGGAUGGCAGUACACCUUGGGACAAUUGACCAAUCCAACGGAGACAUCCUCUCAACAGCACCUCUCGUGACGAUAACUGGUGACCAUGGAAAUUAUUGGAACACUGAACGACUUACAAUCGAAGCUCCGUCGAAAUAUAAACUUGUUAUUGUGGGAAAAUCAGAUAUAUACACUGAUGAUGCCAUAGCUAUUGAUGAUUUUAGUAUCUUGGACAAACCAUGCGAGACAUCAUAUUUCACUGUCCAUGACUUCAGUUCUUUACUUGCAUCAACCACAAAGGGAGACAUGAUAUAUAGCCCAUUGCUGUACACUGAUGAAGGAUAUGCUUUUAAAAUCAUGUUCUACCCACAUGGUACCUCUAGUGCAGCAGACGGCUACAUGAGCAUGUUCUAUGCCGUAGCACAAGGUGUCAAUGAUGACAAUCUACCAUGGCCUUUCUACAACCAAGUGAUUAAGAUGACAGUAGUUGACCAAGGUCCUGAUGCAUUGACGAGAAUGAGUGAAUAUGCAAACUAUAUUACAAGCGCUGCUGGAGCUCCUAACUUUGAUCGGCCAUUGACUGAAGUCAACAGUGGUUGGGGUUAUAGCAACUUCAUGAAACUAAGCGACGUCAUGAACACAAGAGACUUCCUUAAAAACGAUGCAAUUGUUAUUUCUAUCAAUGUUAGAGAUAUGAACAAUUUCCAGCGCGAUCAUGCCAGCAGAUUCGCUGAACCUGCACCUUCAGUUCCUAUCAUGAGGUCUUCAUAUGAUAACAGUGAUCACGAAGAUAAUCACGAAGAUGAUCACGAAAAUGAUCAUGAAAAUGAGCAUGAAAUCAAUGGUCCUAUCAUCCCAUGCAAAAAUGAUGAACAAGAUGGAAUACCCAAAGCAACUGUUGCAGGAAUAGCAUUAGGAUCGUCCAUCCUUGUGUUUAUUAUCAUGACCGUACUUCUCAUGUGUACGACCAACUCCCAUAAACAAGCAUUGGCUAUUGUGGCUUCUUCAGCAGCAAGACCAAACCACCAAACCUGUCACUUCAAUAACUUAAGUUAUGAAACUGAGGGAAAGCCAAAGAAGUAACUCAUCUACAUUUGAUCCUAUAGUGUGAUGAAUCCUACAUGUAAUCUAUGCAAUGCCUGAGAAUUGUGUGUAUCAUAUAAUUGUUACUUUUAAAAAGCGUUUACAAAUCAGGUAUAAAUAACUAUCUUGA